AUGUCCAUACACCUCGAAGAACAGCAAGGCAUCCGCCUCGCCAUCGAAGGCUGCGGCCACGGCACGCUCCACGCCAUCUACGCCUCCAUCACAGAAGCCUGCAAACAAAAGCAAUGGCCCGGCGUCGACCUUCUCAUCAUCGGCGGCGACUUCCAAUCAGUCCGCAAUGCCUUCGACCUCAACUGCGUCUCAAUGCCGGCCAAGUACCGCGAAAUGUGUGACUUUCACGAAUACUACUCUGGCCAGCGGACUGCACCCUACUUGACGAUCUUCGUGGGAGGCAACCACGAAGCAUCGAAUUACCUCUUUGAGUUGUAUUACGGUGGAUGGGUCGUGCCGAAUAUCUACUACAUGGGCGCUGCCAACGUCCUCCGACUGGGCGACUUGCGCAUCGCGGGGUUGAGUGGGAUCUGGAAAGGUUUCGAUUACCGCAAACCGCAUUUCGAAAGGUUACCGUAUAAUGAGAGUGAUGUGAAGAGUAUCUACCACGUGCGCGAGAUGGAUGUGAGGAAGUUACUGCAGGUGCGCACGCAGGUUGAUGUGGGGAUCAGUCAUGAUUGGCCGCAGGGCGUGGAGUGGAAGGGGAAUUGGAGGCAGUUGUUUAGGUUCAAGAAGCAUUUUGAGGAGGAUGCGAGGAGUGGUAGGUUGGGGAGUGUGGCGGCUAAGCAGGUGCUGGAGAGGCUGAGGCCGAGGUUUUGGUUUAGUGCGCAUUUGCAUUGUAAGUUUGCCGCGAAGGUGGCGCAUGAAGGACGGCAGGAGGGGAGGAAAGAGGGGACGGCGGGCAAUGGGGCGACAAAGGGAGCGAAGAAUGGGGAUGAGAUUGAGCUUGAUGAUGAUCUGAAUGGUGGUGCGGUGGCGGAGCCUAUGAAGAACGCAGAUGAGAUUGACCUCGAUAUGGAUGACGACGAUGAUACUCCAGCGACAAGCGAAGUCAAGCAGGGGUUGAGCACAACUCCAGCGGCUGCCGUGACAACUGCGCCCGCAAAUGCUGACGAGAUGGACCUGGAACUCGACAAGGACGAGGCGCCGAGCGCUGUCCCAACCACAGCCACCACAUCACAGACCAACAACAACGUCCAAUCCAGUACUGCAAUAUCCGAGCCAUCCAAUACACUCGCAGACGCUCGUGCGGCUCUUCCAGCAGCUUUCGCACCAAGAAAGGCGCCCGAGCCUAUCGAGCAUCCUCCUGAGAUCACCAACCAAGAAACCAGCUUCCUCGCGCUCGACAAGUGUCUACCAAAUCGACACUUUCUGCAGCUACUUUCUGUUCCGACCACUCCAGAAAUCGACCAGCGCCGCCCGCUCAAACUCGAAUACGACCGCGAAUGGCUCGCCAUAACCCGAGCCUUCGCACUCAGCGAACCCACUCCCUUCGGCGACUCAGACGCUCGAGUCCCUCAAGCCAAAGCCCAAUCAGAAUACCACUCCCUCAUCCAAGAACAAAGCAAAUGGAUAGACGAGCACCUCAGCGACUCUGAUCUCACCAUCCCAGAGAAUUUCCAGAUCCUGGCACCAGUGUACGACGGCGGCAAUUUCCAGCAUCCGCAGUAUCAGCAGGUGCGAGAGUACCCCAACCCGCAGACGGCGCAGUUCUGUCAGAUGUUGCAGAUUCUUAACACGCAUGAGAUUGGUGAGGAUGAAAUUAAUGAGAGGCUUGCUGUGGGUCCUAGGCCGGAGCCGGAGAUGCAUAUGCAGGGUGGCUUUAGGGGUAGGGGAGGGUUUGAUCGAGGGAGGGGGAGGGGUGGAAGAGGGGCAAGAGGCGGGAGGGGGAGAGGUGGUGGGAGGGGUAGGGGACGAGGGAGGGGAGGAUGA